GUUGAUCAUUUUGGAUUUAACAAUGAUAAGACUUUUAAACAACGGUACCUAGUAACUGAUAAGCACUGGAAGAAAGAUGGUGGAACAGUACUUAUCUACACUGGUAAUGAAGGGGACAUUACCUGGUUUUGCAAUAAUACGGGGUUCAUGUGGGAUGUGGCUGAGGAACUGAAGGCUAUGUUGGUGUUUGCUGAGCAUCGAUACUAUGGAGAAUCCCUUCCCUUUGGUGCUGACUCAUUUAAGGAUCCCAAACACCUGAAUUUUCUGACUUCAGAACAAGCUCUGGCUGAUUUUGCAGAGUUAAUCAAACACUUGAAAAAAACAAUCCCAGGAGCUAAAAAUCAGCCUUUCAUUGCAGUAGGGGGAUCUUAUGGAGGCAUGCUUGCAGCCUGGUUCAGGAUGAAAUAUCCUCAUAUGGUGGUUGGUGCUCUUGCAGCCUCUGCUCCUAUCUGGCAGUUUGAGGAUCUGGUGCCUUGUGAUAUAUUUAUGAAGAUUGUAACUAAAGAUUUUAAGAAAAGUGGCCCAAAUUGUUCAGAGAGCAUCCGCAGGUCCUGGGGUGCCAUUAAUCGAAUUGCUGCUACAGGUAAGCUUUAAAUGAGAGAAAGAAAU